AUGGCGGCGCCCUUUCCAUCUCUCAAGAUGCGCUCCCCUCUGUUUCUGCUGCUUGCUCUCAGCAGUAUCACCCACUCUGCACGCGGAGAACUCUCCAGCGGCUGCAACCCGCUUCCUGAGCCCAGCCUUGUUAACCAGUUUUUGCUAACAAACCACUCGGACCUGAGAAACCCCGCGUUCGGGGAAAGCGUUAACGGGCUGACCGCCGAGGAAGGGUUACGGUUUCCGCGGCAGCUACAGGUGGUCAAGUGCCAUUCCUUUGGAAACCUUUCAACUGGAAACUCUUCCUUUGACUUUUACCAAGUGGAAUCGCCCAGCCAGGUUUGCAAGGCGCCCCCGCCUUUGGAAUUCGACUUGUCGCCAAACGUGCGUAGCGAAAUGAAGGGUCCGGGGGGUCUGCUGUUCCUCGCGUUCUUGGCCUCGGUGAUAAUUACGGGUUUAACGACGUGGGCUAUUGUCUUCUCGCUGGGGGCGUUCCUUGUCAGGAGUAUUGGUCGCCUCGUAUGCUGGUUGUCGGGAAAGCUUUGCGUCUCUCCCGAAGCGGAAGCCAACAUGAACAAUACCAGUCUCGUGAUACAAGAAAGUUUUGGCGCCGCCUUCUAUGUGCAAACCAACGGCGUGUGGAGCCUCGACAAGAACGCGAAGCGAGCUGCGGACCCACUCAGCCAGACACACGACGUGGCGACCUGGGACACUGACUUUGGCGGGGGCCUGAACCGGUUCCUUAAUGACUCGGGAACAGGUUUAAACCUGACCCUGUGUGCGACGAAGACCAUGACCUUUUACGUGAGCUGCCCGGUUCGCUGUGCCGGUUUGGGCGAGCCCUACGGGAACCGGGCGCCCGGGAAAGCGCAGCUCAAAGUUUGCCCCGACUACUUUGAACGGACACCUGUCAAGAUGGCCCUAAUCGAGAACGUCUGUGACGGGGUGGCAGGUGCGGUCGCCGUUCUGCUGACGUUUUGGUGUUGCCGAUGCUGCUUGAGAAAGAAACGCGUUAAUUGA